ACAAGAGAAGGAAAAUGCCGAUUUGUCUGUCGUUUCUGAGGUGUGAAGGUUGGCGACUAACUUAAAACUUCUAUUUAAACUAAAUCAAGUUCAAAGAAUUGUUUUAAUAUAACUUGUUGUAAAUGAAAAUGCUGUUAUAGUGUGUUACGGUUCCUAUUUUAUAUAAAUUUGUUAAUAUUUGAAAGUGUGAAUUCAACCAAGUCUAGCUCUUUCAAUCAUUUUUAUAUUAAGUUGUGUUGUUUCUUUAUCAUGGCACCAAAGAAAAAUCUAAUGGAAAAUUUUGAUGAUGGAAUCUUAGACCUAAGUCUGUCUGGUAUCCAGGAAGUUCCUGUGCGUGAUAUUGCAGCAAUACCAAAGGUUUCCAGCUUGGAUCUUUCAUGCAACAUAAUAGUAUCCCUACCUAAAUCAUUCGCUAGCUCUCUGACACAGUUGGUCAAGUUGGACCUCAGCCAAAACCAGUUGACGGCACUUCCAGACAAUUUUGGAUUGUUAGUCAACCUAAAACACUUGGACUUGGAUAAUAACAAGUUGGAGUCACUUCCGCUCAGCUUCGGUAAUCUGAAGUCGCUGCGGUGGCUGGACUUGAAGCACAACCCACUGAUGCCGAAGCUGGCGCAGAUAGCUGGUCAGUGCCUGGACGCGCAGCAGUGUCAUGCGGCCGCGCGCAAUGUAGUGGCAGCGCUGCGCAACACACAGGAGCAAGUCAACACUGAGAUCACCCGCAGAAAGGAACAGCAGAAGAAAAAAGUGGAAGAAGAAACCCAUGUAGAAGACAAUAUGAAGAACCAAAACAAAGAAAACCACCAGUCGAAGAAAAAGAAGAAGAAAGGAGGCCAAGCAACGAAUAAUACUGCUACAAACCACGCUAACGGUCAAACUCAUGCUAUUAAUGAUUUGGAAAAUCUGUCCAAAGGAGAUACAGUAAUCUUGCCUAAAGUGCCUACAAAUAAGACUGUCAGCAAACCAGGAUUCUUCAGGAUAUUGGGAAGACUACUGAGGACAACAGUUACAGUUUUCCUGUCCUGUGUGCUGCUCGGUGUGUUUCUCGGCUACGUGUUGAAAACUCUGGAUGAACAGUUGUACAACUCACUUCGCAAGAAGGUAGUCGAAGUGAUUGAAGCGAAUUUUUCAAAUGAGCAGUUGAGGCAAUGGGAGAUUGGGCUGAUCAAAUCUAGAAGAGCGGUGGAAAGUUUAUCGAGUCAAGCUGUCGGCAUCAGCAUCCAUUACUUCCACAAGUCGCAACAGCUGGCAGCAGAUAUCAGCAGUAAUGAGACGGUUCAGCAAUACCUCGAAGGUAUUAAGAGUGGAUGGCACAUACUGUUGGUCUGGCUGGGCGACACAUACACGGACCUGAGUGUAGUGAUUCCUCAAUACUACGACUCUGUUAAAAAACUUAUUUCCGAGUCAACUUCCAAAGCUUCGUGAACAAAUGUAACUAGUUCCCAACAGCUAGUUUUCACUGUUAAAGGAGUGAUGUAGCUUGUAUAAUCACUGGGUCCAAAACAACUUUGAAAAAAUUAACGGUUUGAAUGUAAGUUAUGUCGGAUGUAUGUAGUUGAAAUUGUUCUUGUUGAUUUUGUGAUGAGAACUUGCAAUGUUUAUUAUUUGAUCUAUUAAUAUAAUUUAUUUACUAUU